GGCCCUCGGGGGUCUUCCGCUCUCCGGGCCGCUGGGCGCCGUCCGCCCCCCGCCGCGUUGGCCGCCUUGGCCGCCGCCGGCUGCGGCUCCACAGAUUAACAGGCUCCGUUUGGCCAGGACACCGCUUUGCCCUUUAGUUGGGUGAGGGUGGCCCGUGGGCGACCAUUGCUCUCGUCGGUUCGUGAGAAGGCUCCCCCCUUUUUUAACUGAAUGAGCAUGGACCAUGAGGACGACGAUGAUGUUUGCUUCGCCAAAUGGAUGAGCAGCUUCUGGGGCCACAGCUGGAUGGAUGAGCGAGAAGGGCGAGCCCAUCGGAGAUGCCGCUCCCAAAGCCUCAGUGACAGAAGGGCCUCUCUGCCCUCCCCGGCCCAGCUUUCCAUCCUCCAUACACCCAGGCUCCCGGGGUCCUCCAGAACCCCAUCUUCUGGCCAGCUCCGACGGCACUCUCAGGAGGAUCAGGAAUUUCGGAGCCGCCGUCCCGGAAAAGCCUGCAGAACGUGUCCACCGACUGGUUCGUUCCAGGAGCCACGAGGAUACGGUGGGCGAUCCUAUUCCAUCCAGGAAUUUUCAGAGUCCUCUGAGCGGCAGCUCUGCGUUAGAGCCAAGCGCUCUGUCUCUCUGGAACCCGAAGGCGGGAAGGCGAGGAAGGAGAGAGAAGGGCUGAGGACCAAGCCGAGAUCCCACAAGAGAGUCGGGGAGAGGAAGGGAUUCGAGAAAGAGGGAGAGGCGAGCGUGGCCUUCCCAGCCGAAAAGAGCGAUGAAGAGCUCGGCAGCCGUACGGUCCGGGUUAGUGCGGAGUGAAAUUAGGUCAAGUUCAAUGUGGGAAGCAGGAUGAAGGGGUCCCCGGCCCCUCUCCCCUAAAACCAGCAUUCUUGCACUCCCCUUAACAUCUUAGUCGAACAAAUGUCAUUUCCUUCAUGGUUCUUUUAGUGGAAGACAGGGUAGAACAAUCCUGGAAAAGCAAACUAGACACAUAAAGGACUUACAAAUACCUCCGCCCUCUCCUUUAAUCCCGAAUAAAACUCAUUUGUAUGAUA